AUGGAGGAGGUGCAGAGGAACAGGAGGAGCAGGAGGAGCAGAGGAGAAGGAGGUGAAGAGGAACAGGAGGUGCAGAGGAGCAGGAGGUACUUACACUUAUCUGCUAAAACCGUCCUGUGUGGAUUUGUGACCCGGCAGAGCAGCGUGACCCGGCAGAGCAGCGUGACCCGGCAGAGCAGCGUGACCCGCCAGAGCAGCGUGACCCGCCAGAGCAGCCUGACCCGCCAGAGCAGCGUGACCCGGCAGAGCAGCGUGACCCGGCAGAGCAGCGUGACCCGGCAGAGCAGCGUGACCCGCCAGAGCAGCGUGACCCGGCAGAGCAGCGUGACCCGGCAGAGCAGCGUGACCCGGCAGAGCAGCGUGACCCGCCAGAGCAGCGUGACCCGGCAGAGCAGCGUGACCCGGCAGAGCAGCGUGACCCGGCAGAGCAGCGUGACCCGGCAGAGCAGCGUGACCCGGCAGAGCAGCGUGACCCGGCAGAGCAGCGUGACCGAUACUGAACGGGAAAUACAGAAGAGAUGA